AUGCUCCGUGAGGUCCCAAAAUAUGCAAAAUAUAUUAAGGAUAUAGUGGAAAAUAAGACGAGGUUAACUGAAUUUGAGACCGACGCACUUACUGAGGAGUGCACUUCCAGGAUUCAACAUAAGCUUUCACAAAAGCUUAAGGAUCUGGGUAGUUUUACAAUCCCCAUGAGGAUUGGUGAAAUUAAUGUGGGUAGAGCCUUGUGUGAUUUGGGUGCAAGUAUCAAUCUGAUGUCGCUGUCAGUGUUUAAACAAUUGGGAUUAGGAGCUCCGAGACCCACCAUGGUGCUGCUACAAUUAGCUGACAGAUCUUAUGUUUAUCCUGAGAGGGUAAUUGAGGAUGUCUUGCUGCAUAUUGGGAAGUUUAUUUUCCCUGCAGAUUUUAUCAUCCUAGACUACGAGGCUGAUGAGUUAGUUCCUAUCAUCUUUGGACGACCUCUUUUGGCCACUGGAGUUGCCAUUAUCAAAGUCCGAGAAGCUAAGAUGAUCCUGAGGGUGGACAAUGAAGACGCGGUCUUUAAUGUAUAUCGAGCCAUUAAGUUGCCUCGUCAUUACGAGGACCUGGCCAUAAUUUCUGUGGUGAAGAUAAAUGAACCAGCCGUAGAGCCAAGUGCAUUUAAAGAAGAUGCACUAGAAAAGGCAUUGAUGUUAUUCAAUCACUUGGAACUGGAAGAAGAGGUUGAGGAGAUGUUGCAAAUUUUGGAUGCAUCUUGUGAAUACAUAAGAGAAAGAUCCCAGUUUGAGGCCUCUGGAUAG